AUAAAUCUAUCUACUGAGGAUCGAGAGCUAGUUAGUAUACAUGGCGAUAUCCCAACCCCAGCCUUUGCUUCUUCCUCUCCUUGUGUCACUCUUUUUCUUGCCUACUGCUUUGGGCGCAACCGAUUUCCAUAACUGCAAUCCCUUGCGUAAGUAUCCCGUUAAAGUCAAGACUGUGGAGAUAUCUCCAGACCCGGUUAAGAUUAACACUAAUGGAAACAUUACGAUAACCGGUUCUACAAGCAUAGACAUCCCUGAUGGAGCAACUGUAAAUCUCAACCUUAGGAGAUAUGAUGUUCUUAUCUCUAAUAGAAGCUACUCCUUAUGUGAUAUAGUGGCGUGCCCUGUUGCAUCUGGCCCCAUUGUGGUUAAUUUUUUUAACGUAUUCACUCAGCGAGAACUAACACCAUGGGGAUAUUUUGUUUCAAUAAGCAUCACCGCGGAGCACCAGGAAGACCCAAUGAUGUGCGUCUCGUUCACAUGUAGGAUUACAAGUGAACAAACGUCUCUGCUUUAGGCAAGCUACCGCGUAAAACUAUGUUCCAUGUCUUUUAUAUAUGAGUCUGAUCUAUUAAGCUUGUAUGGACGGUAAUCCUAAUGUUUGUAUCUUUUAUUAACAUUUAUGUGUGUCGUCCC